GAUGCCAGGAGGCAACCUGCUGUCCUCUGCCACCGACUGACUGACUGACUGACUGCACCCUCAGGUCUUUUUGAAAUGGCAACCAGUCAAACCUGGACAUUAAGACGCUAUGGGCGUUUUGUACCACAACCGGGACGAAAGCCUUGGAAGGUUUUUGAGACGAAGGCCAAUGAACCUAAAAUUGUUGCGACCAUUUUGGAAUCUGGAUAUUUGCUGGUGCUUCAAGGUCAAGAAAGCUUGGAUACAAUCCCUUUACAUGGUGACUCCAGUUCUCUUAAACUGCAGCACAAAAGUGAUAACCUGAUGUUUCGAUUUACUGUGCAGGGGGAGAGCCGCAUGAUAAGGAUGCAGUUUGAUGGCAGCAGCACAGCAGAGGCUGUAAAUCAGUGUUCAAGGGCUGUGGAAAAGUUGAUGGAGUAUGUUCCUGUCACCUCUCUGGAAGUUGCUGCGAUACAUCCAAAUCAGCCCCCCACUGAGGUCCCACCAGCUGCACAGCAGCAGCAGCAGCAGACGUGUCAGGGACAGACUGGGCAGACUGAGCCUGAAGCCGUCCAGGGAUCUGUGUCCAUCAAGCGUCUCACUCAGCACUUCUUGGGAGAGACUGCUUUGGCUCUCCCUAAAAUAUAUAGCCACAGUUCUUUGGCACCAGGUGACUUGGAGCCCAUCCUGCGUCUUUGUCUACUGGAUCCCAGCUUCCCUGCGUUCGUAGAGAAGGUGCAGGAGGAGCUGGGGAAACUGCAAGAAGAGUGAAAAAAAAAAACGUACCACCCGCCGAAGGCAGCGUGUUCAAGCCAGCGCCAUUAUUUUACGUUCUAAACAUUGUGUAGGCUGUAACUGUUGUUGGUUCAGUUUGUUUGGCCGUAUUUCACAGUAAUUGUUAUAUAGCACAGCUGAUGCUUAAAAUUGUCCUAAAUCCUUGGGGACUUAAGACAAAAAAAACAAAACACACAUUAACAGGAUUUUUCGUAUUAUUUUUAUUCAGAAAAAAAAUAUUGGUCUCACUCAAUAUGUUGGAUCGUGGCUAUAUGCUCUGGUCCCUCAGUUCACAUCCCCAAUCCAGGUCCUUUCCACCGCAACACACAUGGAUACAUCGUAUUGAAAGAGGAGUCAUGCAGCUACAGCAGUGAAUCUAAGCCAGCUUUCAAGUGAUCCCACAAGAUUAAAGCUUCACUGAGUAAAACAAACUGCCCUCCAUAUAUCUAUUUAAGAAUACAUAUUGCAUAGGAUUAUAGCCAUGCUAUACAGUUAAAGAGAGAGGAAAAAAAUAGAAAGUAAAAAUCAAUGAAUUGAAAUUGGGAAUUAUAAAAAAAA